GUAUCGCUGAUAGCAUCUGUGCCGGGGUACCAUGCAGUCAACGCUCUCCCAUCCCAUCACCAGCAGAAGCAGCAGCAGAAUCAGCCCCAGCAGCAGCAGCAGCAGCAGCACCAGCGCAACCACUGGGGGCACUUGGCGCUGAGACAGAAGCUCUCUUUGCAUCGCUGCCUGCCGCCUUCCACCUCUUCCUCUUCUGCCGCUACUGUCUUGCAG